AUGGAAUUAGAAAAAGGAAAUUAUUUGAUAAAUAUAAAUAGUAUUAAUUCUGAAAUUAAAAAUAAUAAUGAUAUAAAUGUUAUAAGUAAUAAUAAAAAAAUAAAUCUUUCUAAUGAUAAUACUUCAUUAAAUAAUUCUAAUAGUAGUGGAAUUAAAAUAGGAAUAAAUAAAAAAGAUUAUGAUUUAUAUAUUAGCCAGCUAAAAGAUAAAAAUACUAAACAAAUAAUUAGAAAUAAAUCGAAACAAAUGAAAAGGAAUAUUGUAAAAAAUAAUGAUAGUAAAAUGGUUUAUAAGGAAAAUAAUGCUUCAAAUAUAAACACAUAUGAUUAUAAAUAUUGUGGUUAUUUAAACAUAGAUAAUAAAAUAAUUAAUAAUAAUUUUACUAAUUUUCCUAAAUUAGAUAAUAGUUUAAUUAAAGAAAUUGAACAAAAAAAUAAUUUAGAUUUAAAAAAUAAUUUAAUAGGAAAAGAUAAUACCAAAAACAAUAUGAACAUUAUAAAUGUAGAAUCAAACAAAAAUUUAUAUUUUAAUAAAAAUAAUUUGCAUCAUGAUUUAGAAAAUAACGAAAGAAAUAAUUUUAGCAAAACAAAUUAUUAUCUCCAAGAUUCUGUUGAUACAAAUUUUUACAAAAACAAAGAAUUAAUAAAUUUUGAAAAAAACAAUUUUAAUAAUAUUAAUGAAAAUCAAAAUAUUAUAAAUAACAAUUAUAAAAAAGUUGACCUUGAUUCCAUUAACAAGAAUUAUAAAAAAUUUGAUAAUAAUAAUAAUAAUAAUAAUGAAAAAUACAACUUAAAUGAAAGAAAUAAUUUAUCAAAUGAUUUUUAUAAUUCUUAUAAUUCUGUAAAAAAUUGUAAUUUAACUCACAAAUUAAAUAAUAAAAAUUAUGAAAAAGAUAAAUUAGUUGAUACUCAUAUGAAUUUGAAUUUCAAAAAUGUUCCUAUUUUAGGAAAAAAUGAUUUUUUUCAAAAUACUUACAGUUUUUUAAAUAAUGUACAGCUUGCAAAUAAAUUAAGUAAUUUCUGUUGUAAAAUACAAAAAGAAGAAAACAUUGAAAAUAAAAAUUAUAAAGAUAAUAUAACAAAUUUCAAUGAAUAUAAAAAAAAUAAUGACGAAAAAGAUCAUAACAAUCAGUUAGAAUAUUACGAAAAAAAAAAAGAAGCAGAUAUAAUAGUAUGCAAUCAAAUUUCUUAUUUUAAUGAAUAUGUAAAGGAUAAAGAUAAAAUAUGUGAUAAGUUAUUAGAUAAAAAUAUAUUAUUAAAUGCUAAUUCAUGCUUUAAAGAAAAUAUUGAUAAAAACAAAAAUAUCAACUGUUUCACCUCUGAAGAAAAUUGUGGUGUAAAAAAAAAAAUUUUUAAAAAAAGAAAAAGAAAAAAUGAAGAAUUAUUAUUAAAUAGUAAUAAAUGCAACAAAAUUCCUUCUCUUUACAAUGAGGAUAUAAAAAAUUUUAAUGUAAUUAAUGAAGAAAAUAAAAACAUAAAAGGUGAAGAAAAUCGUGAUAUUACAAAUGAAAUAAGUUAUGUGAACAAUGUUUUUAAUGAUAGUGGUAAGAUAGACAUAAAACUUAACUCUAAUUAUAUUGAUAACAUAAAUAGUGAUAAUGAAAAUAAAUAUGAUUAUAAUUUAUUUAGUGAAAACAAAAAAAAUAAUUUACAUUAUUUUAAUGAUUUAAAUACGAAAAAGGAUAAUAAAAAGUUAAUGAAAAAAAAUAAGAUUGGUCGAAAUAAAAACAAUUAUAAUUUAAAAGUUUCAAAUCUUUAUAUAAAAAAUGAAAACGUAAGUAACAAUUCAAAGGUUAGUAUUAAUUCUGAUUCAAUAAAUUAUGAUAAUGAUAGUAGUAAUAAUUAUAUUACCAAUAUCAAUAGUUGUGAUAAUGAUAAUGAAAAUAAUGAUAAUGAUAAUAAUGAAAAUAAUAAUAAUAAUAAUAAUAAUAUGGAUAAUAAUAAUGUAAAUAAUAAUAAUUAUAAUAAUAAUAAUAAUAAUAACAAUAAUAAUAAUGAUAAUGAUAAUGAUAAUAAUAAUAAUUAUGAUGAUGAUGAUAAUAAUACUAAUAAUCAUAAUCAUAAUCAUAAUAAUAAUAAUAAUAAUAAUCAUAAUAAUAAUAAUCAUAAUAAUAAUAAUCAUAAUAAUAAUAAUCAUAAUAAUAAUCAUAAUAAUAAUAAUCAUAAUAAUAAUAAUCAUAAUAAUAAUAAUAAUGAUAAUAAUAACAAUAAUAAUAAUAAUAAUGAUAAUAAUAACAAUAAUAAUAACAGUAACAAUAAUAAUAAUGAUGAUGAUGAUGAUGAUGAUGAUGAUAAUAAUAAUGAUAAUAAUAAUGAUGAUAAUAAUAAUAAUAUGAAUAAUAAUAAUGAAAAUAAUGAAAAUAAUAAUAAUAAUAUGAAUAAUAAUAAUGAAAAUAAUGAUAAUGGUAAUAAUAAUAAUGAUAAGGAUAAUAAUGAAAAUAAUAAUAAUAAUAUGGAUAAUAAUAAUGUAAAUAAUGAUAAUGGUAAUAAUGAUGAUUAUGAAUAUGAUAAUAAUAAUAAUAAUAAUGAAAAUUUUAGUAGUAAUAUUACUAAUAAUAAUGUUAGUAAUGAUAAAAAUAGUAAUAAUAUAAAUAAUAACAAUGGGAAAUAUAUAAAGAGACCUCAGAGGAAUGCUGCUAAAAGGUGUAUUAAUUUAUGGUCAGAAGAAUUUAAAAAAAAAAGUGACAAAAAUAACAUUUUAUAUGAUAAAAUAAAACUUAUGAAUGAUUCCAAAAAAGAUGAAAAACCAAUAAAAAAAAAGGAAAGAGAGAAAGAAAGGAAGGAAGCGAAAAAUGAAGAUAUAGGAGAUGAAGUAAAAAAUGAAAAUAAUAUAAAUAAUAAUUUGAAUUUCGAAAAUAUAAAUAUAAAAAAUGUUGAAGAAAAGAGUGAAAAUAUGAUAAAUAAUGAAAUAAAAUUGGAUAAUUUUAACAUCAAACAAUUAGGAAAUAUGGACACAAAAAAAAAAGAAAAUCUUUUAUUAAAUGAUCAAAAUAAAAUACCUAUAUUGUUUAAUGAAUCUAUGGAUGAAAGAGAAAUGUUCAAAUAUUUAGAUCUAUUAAGACAUUUACCAAGUAAAAAGGGAGGGGCACAAUAUAAGCUACAUAAGGCUAUUUUAACUGAAGAAAUGGUUAAAAGAGCAAAGAAAUUUCCAUUAGUUCAAGGAGUAUACUUUGAUAGAUAUCAACAAAGAUGGAGUGUUAAUUGGAAUGAAGAUGGGAAAAGAGUAGCUAAAUAUUUUCCAAUAAAAUUAUUCGGGUUUGAUUAUGCUCGUAGAUUAGCUAUAUAUUGCAAAAAUUAUCAGAAAAUUCCUGAAGAGGCAUUAAUUUUUGAACAGGCUUAUAGAGCUAAUCAACAAAGUAACAAAUUAAAAAAUGAAAAUAAUCAUAAUGGUAAUGGAAACAGUAAAUUAAAAAAAGGAAGUAAAAAAAAUUAUAAAAAGAAAAAUGGUAAUAAGAAUGUUUAUGCAAAUAUUGAAAAUUCAAGUAGUUAUAAGAAGAAGAAAAAUAAUAAUAAUAAUAAUAAUAAUAAUAAUAAUAAUAAUAAUAAUAAUAAUAAUAAUAAUAAUAAUAAUAAUAAUAAUAAUAAUAUAAAAGAUAGAAAAAAUUUUAAAAUAGAUGAUAUAAAUAUAUCUUCACUAAAUGAUAAUCCUGUAUUAAACUCAUAUUUUAUUUCCAAUAAUAAUGGCAAUAUAAUGAGUUCUUCAUUUAAUUAUGGAAACAUUAAUAAAUAUGAAAAUAUCAAUGAUAAAAAUAAUUUUCAAAAAAGAAUGGAAGAAAUAUUAGCAAAUAAAUUAAAUACCUCCUCGUUACAUAAUUUACAAAAUAUAAAUUCAUCAACUGAAAAUGAUAUUGAAAGUAAAAAUAAACUACAUAUGUGUGAUCCCAGUUUUGAAGAAAAUUCUUUAGCUACUUUAAGAAAUAGUGAUAAAAUGACUAAGAAUCCUGAUGAUAUAAAUAAGAAUAUAGAUAUCCUUAAUGUAAACGCAAAAAUUAUAGAAAAAGAAAACAACAUGAAUAUUGAUCAAAUGAAUGAUAUCAAUGUUGAUAAAACGAAUAAUGUAAAUAUUUUUAAAAUAAAAAGUAAAAAUAUUGAUAUAGUAGAUAGUAAUGUAAGUAUUAGUGAUAAAAAAAGUGAUAACUCAAAUAUUUAUAAAAUAAGCAACAUUAAUACAGAUAAAAGUAAUUAUGUUGAAAAUAAUGAAACAAGUAAUUUAGAUUUAGAAAAAGCAAAUGAUGAAAAUUUUCAAAAAGAAAAUAAUACAAAUCAUCUAAGUAAAAAUAUAGUAGAAAAUUUAAAAUCUAUCAAUUUAAAUGAAUAUAAUCCUAAUGAAAAAAAUGGCAAAAAAACUCAUACUAAAAAAAGAAAUUUUGUUUGUUCAUCUACUGGAACUUCAUCUUUUCAGUCUUCUUCUUCGUGCAUAUCUUCGACUUCUUCAUCUUAUAAAAAUUUAGAAAAUUCAUAUCCUAAAUGCCCUCGUAAUAAAGAAAAUAGUAUACAUAACAUUAGAGAUUCUAUAAAACAUAAGAACAUUAUUAAUACUAGUUGCAAUGAUAUGAACAUUUCUUCAAAUCAAUGUCUAAAUAAAAAUAUGCCAGGAUAUCUUAAUGGAGAAGUUAACAAUAUAAAUUCCUUUAUAAAAAAGGAAAAUGAUAUUAAUGAAAAUAUAAUACAAAAUACAGCAUAUAAAAGUUUCUCUCCUCAAAAUAGUAUCGGUAGGAAUAUAAAUGACAUUGUAGAGUCUUGUAAAAUUAAUGAUGUAAUUAAUGUAAAUAAAUACAAUGAUACAAGAAAUAGCACAUGUAAAUUUAAUAAUAUAAGUAAAAUGAACGACAUGAAUAAUUUAAGUGAUAACAAUACUGUAAAUGAUACGAAUAAUAACACAAAUGAUAAUAUAAAUAAAGAUACACAAAUUGAUAAUAGUGAUGAUAUUAAUUCAAGAAUUGUUGGUGUACAUUAUGAUAGAAAACAAUAUAGGUGGAAGGCAACAUGGUAUACCUCUCAUGGAAGAAGAUGUGCAAAAUACUAUCCAAUAAAACAAUAUGGAUAUCUUGAAGCAAAAAAAAUGGCUAUAGAAUGCAGAAAAGCAUAUAAUUUAUAUAAGAAGUUAAAAAAAAAUCCUCAAAAUAAAGAAAAUAAUGAUAUAAAUUUUAACAGUACAAUAUUUCCUAAAGAAUAUUAUAUAACAUUAUUUGAAAAUGAUGAAAAAAAAGAUGGAUAUUAUUGGGAAAAUAAAAAAAAUAAAAAAAAUAAUAAAAAAAAUGUUUAUUUAGAUAAUAAUGAAAAACAGAAAAGACAUUAUAAUGAAGCACUGAAGAAAAUUAACAAUACUAAGUGUAAUGAACUUAAUGAAUUAAAUGAAUAUAUGAAUAAUAAAAGUGAUAUAAAUUCCAUUAAUUUCAUGUCAUUUAAUAAUAAUAUGACGAACAUAAAUAACUUAAGUAAUAAUAAUAAUAAUAAUGAAAAUGAAGAAAAUAUAUCAUCAUCUAAAUAUGUUCUACCAUUAAAUUGUAAAAAUUCAUGUUGCAAUAAGUUAAAUAAUGAAAUGUAUAAUAACAUAUGUAUUUCAAAAAAUUCUUCAUCUUUGUUAUCUUUAUAUUAUUUAUCAGAAAAUAUUUUAAAAUUUCAGAAGGGUACUAUAAAAUGUAUACUACAAGAUUUAAGAGAUAACUGUUUGUCUAAUUUAGCUUACGAUUUAAAAAAUAUUACAUUUCAAGAAUAUUAUAUGGCUAUUCAUUAUUUAAAUAGAUACGUUGAUGAUUCAAAUUGUUACGAUGAUAUAUUUUUUCUACUAAAAAUUUUAGCAAAAAAUUUAGAAAUAAGAAAAAUACCUAGUCUAUAUAAUGAAGAAGAACAAAAAGAACUACUAAAUUCCUUAACUAUAAUUACAAAACAAAUGAAAAAUAGUUAUACUUACUUAUCAUCUAAUAAUAUGAAAAAUUCAAAUGAAAAUGAAAAAAUUUCUCCAGUGAUAUUUCAACUAUAA